AUGAACGCUCCCGAUAGAUUCGAGUUGUUUCUGCUUCCCGAUGGAGUCCCAAAACUUGAGGUCACCCCGGACACUCGAAUUCCCAACUGCGCCAACAUCAAGUUCGAGAAAGAAGAUCACACACUGGGCAACCUGCUCCGAUCACAACUGCUACACGACUCGCGGGUCAUCUUUGCGGCCUACAAGGUGGAACAUCCUUUAUUUGCCAACUUUGUGCUGCGAAUCCAGACCGAAGACGACUAUUCGCCACAGGAGGCCCUCACAAAUGCUUGCAACGCGUUGAUCCGACAGCUGUCGGAUUUGCAGGAGAAGUUCCAGCGAGAAUGGCGACUGCGGUACUUGGUUAACAAUUAG